UUUGGCUUCAAAUUGUUUCUUUUGAAGGUGGUCCCUGUCAUACUAAGACGUAUGUUAUAUGCAGACGUUUUUAAUACGUAUUUAAUGGAAAUACCUUCUUAUUUUCUGCGUUUAUUUUUUUUAAACAAAAAUGAAUUUAGAACAUCUCUAGUUAGCUUAAUAGCUAACUAACCUAGCAAAUCCGCGUCUGUAUCGGUCACCAUGGGAACGGGAAGGCAACCCUGCUUUAUAAACAAAGCAGCUAGUGUUAGCUAACCUGGUUAGAUCGCUAUCCCACACCUGUUCGUAAAGUGGAGUGCAGCAGUAGCAUGCUGGCUAGUUUAAGUUAUCAAACUAUUCAGUUUUUGCCAUUAUUCCAUCACACUAAUAUUCCGGCAAGACAGACGAGAGCUAACCCAGCUAGCUAAUUAGACAGCUAGCCAGCUCUAGCUUUCCAUACCUAUGCUAAGCUAAAGUAUUAGCAAUCGCGAAUAGCCAACGAUAAAAUGAUGAUAGCAAAGCGUCGGGUAAUUUAAAGAUGAUCAUUUCCAUGCCAAGAUGCCAAGAUGGUAAUUUCGGUGUCUCGUAGGGUAGCUAACCCUAGCUAACUAACAUAAGGUGCGCCGAUUUUGUGUUAUUAAAUAGCAGACUGUAAAAAAAAAAAAAAGCAUGGUGAGCUAGCUAGCUAAGGCAACGUUACCGAGCCCGGCGGUCGCUGUCUAUACAGCCUCACCAUGGAGAGCCAAAGAGCCCCCAGCAGAGACUGUAAGACGUCCCGCUCUCCGCUCGCUGGCCGCAGCAGGUGUUUAAGCUCAAUGUUUAUGAAGGCGGCCAGUCACUUGGACUUGACAGGAGACCGUGAAGGUGCAGAUAACGAUGCGCUCAGCGAUCACGGCAAAGCAGCGCGUUACGAUGAACGAAAACGCAUGGGCACAAAAUACAUUACAGAAGAUUCAAUCAAGAAGUUGACUAAACAGGAGAAUUUAAGCCUACUGCAGUCCUUAAAUUUAUCAAAUACUCAUGGAGAUAAAUGUCUCAGGUAUAUAGAGAAUUUGGACAAAUGCAGUCGUCUCCAGGUUCUCAACCUCAAUAACAACAGCAUUGAAAAAAUUGAGAAGCUGGAGAAACUUCUUAAAUUGCAUGAGCUGCACAUUUCCAAUAACAGAAUACAAAAAAUUGAAGGGCUAGAGCACAUGGUAAACCUUCAGAUUCUAAAUCUGGCCAACAACAACAUUGAACAAGUGCCUCUCUGGUUAGCAAAAAAGCUCAGAUCACUACAGAUGCUGAACCUUCAGAACAACAAGAUUUUUUCGCUUCAUGAGGUGGCUAAACUGAAGCUUCUACAAAACCUUACCGACCUCACAUUAGUGGAGAAUCCUGUAUCCACCCUUGCUCAUUACCGCCUCUUCAUAGUUUUUCAUCUAAGAUCACUAGAGUCACUUGAUGGUCAGCGAAUCAGUGACUUUGAGCGAGAGCAAGCCCAUCACCGCUUUCACACUGAGGAGAUAGAGCGUCUGGAGGGAGAGCUGGAGCAGAGAGGGGCAGAGGUAGAGCAGUUGCAGCAGGAGAAGGCUGCAGCUCUGGAGGAACUGGAGAAGCAGGAAAUGCUCCAACACAGCCUGAAGCAGCAGAGCAAGGAGCAACAGCGUCUGCAGGAGCAGCUUGAAAGGGAGUUGGACACCAAGUCUGAACUGCUGAAACACAAGACCACAGAGCUGACCCGGGCUUGCCAGAAACAGUACGAGCUGGAGCAGGAGCUGGCAUUCCACAAGAUAGAUGCGAAGUUUGAGCCGCUUCCAUAUUAUCCAAGCUAUGAAUUGGAGGAGGACAGCCUGCCAGCUGAUAGUCCCUACAUUGGAAAGGCCCGUCACAAAAGGAACAUGCAGACCUCAGACACCACAGAUGAGGGCAGAAGGGCUCUCCCACAGAGCAGUUCAGAAGAGGAUGCGCCUGAGCAUGCCCUGGAACGAGCAGAGGAGCGCCUGCAGCAACUGCAUACAGAAGCAGAGCGCACAGAGAGACAGAUCCUGAAAGCCAGUGAGGAACUACACCGCAUGGAGGAGGCAGCCUCUCAGAAAAGACUAGCAGAGGCAGAGAAGGAACAUCUCAGGCAGCAGCUGUGUGGGAAGAUCCAGAGUCUGGGCCAUCUGCGACAGGAAGCCGAGGCCCUGGAGGAGACGCUGUGCGGGCAGAGUGCUGAGCUGGACCAGGCACAGGGGGAGCUGGAGCAGCUUCAGAGCUUACUGCGCACUCUGAAGCCCCAGGACCCCAGACAUACUCAUGUGAAGGCUCAGGUGGCCAGUAAGAGUCAACUGCUGGCCAUCAUGAGCAGGAAGCAACAUGAGCUGGAGGGCCGCCUGGAUGACAUGCUCACUCGCAUCACCAAGGAGACGCAGGAGAUCAAAGACCUGGAACAGCAGCUCACAGAUGGUCAGAUAGCGGCUAACGAGGCCUUGAAGCGCGACCUAGAGGACAUAAUCUCGGGCCUGCAGGAGUACCUGCAUGGGGUGAAUGAGCAAGCUCGACGGGCCCGGUCUGACUGCCUGCGCCUCCAGAGAGCGAACAGCACCCUAGAGCGCCUCCUGCAGGACAAGGAGCAACAACUCGGCCAACUCCAGGAAGCUGCCCAGAACAGCGAAGCACGAAAGGAGGAGUUGGUGCGGUGUCAGGAGGAGCUGGAGGCUUUGAGGAAGGAGAACUCGGGUCUGCGGAGGGCUCAGGGACGGGCCGGUGCCUACGAAGCCGAGCUGCAGGCUCAGCUGAGGGAGAAGGGCACGGAGGCCAGCAAACUGAGAGGGGAGAUAGGCCGCCUGCACCGGCUCAGUGAGCUGGAGCACUCCGCGCUGCAGGCGGAGUUCCAAAAGGAGAGGCAGGCUAAGGAGAGCACACUGGCCCAGCUGCAGCUGGCUGCGGAAAGGGAGAUGGGGAACAGCGAGCUUCUGCAGCAGCUAGCCACCCUGCAGAGGGAGAAAGGCGAACUAAUGGAUAAGGUGGAGGUCCUGCAGAAUGACUUACGGCGGGUCAGGAGGGAGCUGCUGUGCCCUGAUCAGGUGAUCGAGCGCUUGGACGAGCUGAGGAGAACUAUUGCUUCUGGCCCAGGAGUUUUAAGCAGUACGGCAAGUGGGCCGGCAGAUCCGCUGGGCGAGAGCGUGGCUGAACUGCAGGAGGAGCUGCAUCGCGCUCUGGCCGCUGCACACAGGGACCGCGACGAGGCCCGGCACGCUCGAGACAGAAUCGCACGGGAGGCAGCUUCCCUCAGAGAGAGGCUCAGGAACUACCAGAAGGAAUACCAGAGUGUGUUUGCAGAGGCCGAGCAUGCAAGGGUUACAAAGAAGCAUGAGGAGGCGGAGCUUAUCCGCCUGAGGGAGGGGAUGCAGGAGCAGCAGGAGCAGCAGUACCUGGUGCUGCAGCGUCUUCAGGAGACCGAGAGUGAGAGAGACCGUCUCCUCACUGAGCUGGUGGAGCAGGACAAACAGUUAAAGGCAGAGGAGACUCAAACACAGGAGCAGCUGCAGUCAAUGGAUCUGGAGUUACAGGAGCUCAGGAGGUCCUUCACUGCCAGUGACCUAAGGGCCGCUGAUCAGCUCAAGGCUGCCAAGCACCAGCUCCGCUCCCUCCACAGUACCGUGCAGAAGAUUGGCCAGGAGAGGGCAGAGGAUGCACACGAGCUUGAAGAAUCCCAGAUGCAGGCCGCUGAAGCCAUGCGAGAGCUAACCAAGGCCGAGAGAGAGAUCCAAGCGCUGCAGGAACUGCUUCAAGCCAGGGUUAAUGUGAUAAACGGGGACAGCCACAGUGUUCCACAUUCCAGUGUUCACCAGAUGGAAUUAGCUGGACUGAACCGAGCUCUGAAAAGGCAGCAGGCCCAGACCAAACGGCUCCGGGACCAGCUAGCCCAAGCCAAAGAGGACAACAGUGAAAACCUGGAGGAGCUGCUUGAGGAGAUAGAAGCCCUUAGGGGUACACUGCUUCAGCACAGCAAUUACCUGUCCAGGUGUAGCGAAGUGCCACGCAGCAGAGGCUACUGGUACUAUGUGCCGCCAUACCAAAACCCGCCCAGCCUGGGCUCUCAGGGAACACAGGACUCCGGACUGGGCUCCCAGCCACCCCCAUCCACCGACAAAGUCCCUCAUUCCAGAGGCAGACAGCACAAAGAGACAAGACCUCAUUCCAGCACAGGAUACUGGGUCUACCCAGCAAAUCCGCACGACUCGCAGGCUCACGUAGAAAGAGAGCCUCCGUAUGGGGACAGUUAUGGGGAGAGCGAUGAAGACGGUGAUGGAGGCACCCAUUUCACUCCUCCGCCAGGCUCGGUUAUCUAUACCAUGCCACCUGACGGCACGCCUCUCCCCCAGGGCACAGUCAUCUACGCGCCCCCCCUGCCUGGCCUGUCUGUAGUCCCGGGUGCGGUGUUCUACGGCCCUCCUCCAGAAGGGGCUAGGCUCGUGUACGGUCCUCCUCCCAGCAGCUGGGCCAUUCCUCUGAUACCCACUGGGACUCUGCUCUGCAACAUGCCAGGCCAUCAGGAUACGGAACGCUCUCUGCGUGAGGCAGAGCAGACUUUAAGGGAGCAGCAGUCUGGUCGAGUGGUCAGCGAGCAAGACCUGCUCAGGCUGGAGGAACAGAGAUCAGAGCUGCAGUUGGAGCUUAAAAAGCUACAGCGUGCCGUGAGCCAGCUGCGCCACCACAGGAAGCUGUUGGAGAGUCCGGUAAGCCAGACUGAGGAGGAGCAGGACGUGGCGUGUCUGGAAAAGACUCUGCAGAAACGCAAGGUCCAGCUACGAGAAGCAGACCACCUGCUGCUGGAGCUCGAGGCAGCCCUGAAGGACACCACAGCAAAGUACAAAGAGAGUCUAGAACGCCAAAGUCAAACCGAGCAGCGGUUAGAGGAGACACAGCGUGAACUGGAGGUGACAGAACAGAAGACGCGAGACAGUGCCAAACACCUAGUAGAAGCCAAGCAACAUCUCCGAGAUCUGCAAGAAGGGGUUAAGGAGCAGCAGAGAUGUAAACAGGACCAGGAAAAGACUCUACAACAGAUAGAAAAACGAAUUGCAGCUCGAGACGCAGAGUUCCAAGAAGUAAACAGAAAGCUGAAGAGAGCAUCCUCUAAGUUGGAGGACUUGGAGAAAGAGCUGAUACGGACUCAGAGCCGGGAAGAACAGCUCCUUAAGAGCUGCAGAGAUUCAGAGGAACUUCAGCAUCAGCACAAGAAAGAGCUGGAACAGCUCAACACCCAAACGCUGCUCCAGAAGGAGGAGCUGACUCUGCUGGGCAGGAAACUGGAGCAGUGGCGUGAGGAGGAGGCGGUGGUGAGGGCCCGCGUGGAACAGGAGCGGCAGGACCUGGCAGACGUGCUUGGGCACGGGGAGGAGGAGGCGCACAGCUUGCGGCAGCGCGUCCAGGAGCUGCACGCAGACAUCCAGGCUCUGGCUGUGCAGAAGGGAGAGAUGGACUCUCAGCUCUCGGAGAGGAAGAGCAGAUUGGCUCAGUGUAAGAAGGAGGAGCAACAGGCGAGAAAGAAGGCGCAGGAUCUGCUUGCCAUCGUCAGCAAGCACAGAGCAGAGCUGAAGCACGUUUUGGAGAUGAUCCAGCUGGAGAAUGGGAACCUGGAGGGAGUGAAGGUUCAGCACCGCCACAAACUGGACCAGCUGGAGAAGAGCCAGGAAACUCUGCUGCAAGCACAGGUGGAGCUGCAGGCGGUCCAGGUGGAGCUGGAGCAGCAGACGGCGCUCCGGGAGCAGCAGGCCGACACGGCGGCCGCCCAGAGGAGCAACCUGCUGGAGCAGUGCGCCGGCCUGGAGGCCCGCCGCGCGCUCGCGCAGCGGAGUCUGGAGGAAGCAGAGGGAGGGGUCCAGGCAGCAGAGGCGGAGCUACUAAAGCUGCAGGAGGAGGUGACCAAGCUGAAACGGGAGCACAGACACGCCAGAAAUAUCCGAGAAGAGAUAAACAGAGAUGUCGCCAAAGUCCAGCAACAGCUAACGGAGGAGUCUGAGGAGUUGAACAACCUGAAAGAAAACGUUGCGCACUCACAGCUGCAGCUAGAAAAGAUUAGAAAGGAGGUGGAGGGCGCUCAGCGAGAGUGGGACGGUCUAAUAAAGCUCCAGCAAGAGCAGAAGGCUCAGCUGCAGGCGAGGACAGAAAAGAUCCAGAAGAGGCAGCAGAGAGCAGACAGACUGCAGCGGCAGCUGAACGAACUGGAGGCAGCCGUGACCCAGAAGCAGGUCCAGCUCGAGCAGCAGGAAGAGCAUAUGAAGACUCAACAGCGACAAAGCAUCGAGCUGGAAGAGUUGCACAGACGGCAGCAGCAAAAGCUGCAAACCCAGCUUCAGUCACUAGAGGGCGCAUUGGCGCAGCGUGUAGCAAAAAUGGAGCAGGCGACAGCCGCUGUGGAAGACCUGGAGGAAAAGAAGCACUUUCUGCAGGCUGAACAUGAGCACUGUUCUGUGCUGCAGGACAGAGUAGCAGGGCUGGAGGAGGAGCUGGCUGUGAGGGAGGCCAGGCUAAGGGCCAGCACUGAGGAGCAGAGGGAGGUGAGGCGAGAGCUGGAGGCCUGCCGCUUGGAGUUCCAGCAUCUUCAAGAGACCUUGGCCACAGAGAGGAGGCGCAGAGAGGCCCUCAAAAGCCGCAGUCUCACAGACAGAGACAAACUGCUGCAGGCUGAGAAAGAGCGAGAAAGGCUGCAGAAGGAGCUGGAGGUAGUGGAUCAGGCAGCUCAAGAAAACCAUGAGAGAUCCAGACACCUGCAGCAUGAGCUCAGUUCUGCCUCCCAGGAGCUGCUCUGCCUCAAACACAAGCUACAGAGCCAUGGAGAGAGGUGCGCUCACCAGCGCGAGAUCAAGGACACCAUACACUCUCUGAGGGCCGAGAUCGAAGCCGAGCUGGACAGCAGCAUGACGGAGCUGGUGUUGCAGCCCACGGCCUCCUCAGACACAGAGAGCCUCAAGGAGAACCAGCCCAUAUCUGCACUGACUGUGGGGAAAGCAGCCUACAACACCAACGAUGAACAGUGGCGAGGAGAAGUACUGAGAGAGAGAUUGAGGCAGCAUGAAGAUCAUCUGAAGGCCCAGCUGCGCAGAUCCAUGUUCUCCCAGCAGGAGACGCUGAGUCUGCGUAGGCAGCAGACAGAGGGCAGCAUCCAGGGCCUACGUCAACGAGUGGACAAGCUGGACCAGCUCUUGGGCAAAUCCAGCCAUGGUUCCUCCUACCUGAGUGAUUCUGAAAACCUCUAUAAAUACAGCUGUUCAGAUAGUGAGACCUCGACGCACCCGAGGAGCAGAGAGGGUUCCUGUUAGGCUGGACCACUACGUUGCUGAGAAAGACCGAGCACACAUUCUGAGCCAAAUACACUGAGGUCAUCCACAGCAAAAGGGAGCCCACGCCCACGUCCCACUGUGAAGCCCUGCGGCUGAGUGCCGCUCCACACUGAGUGAAGGACAAUGCUUCCUGAAGCCCUCCAACAGAGAUCAUCUGAGCUUAUGCAUCUCCUGUCCACAAAUAAAAAAGUGUAAAACACAAGGUGAAAAAAGUAUUAAGGUUUUUAGCCACUCAGUGCCAUAAGGACAGGCCAAGGUUCUCUUUAUUAUUUUACAUAUUCUAGACUUUUUCCAUUAAAAAAUUUUUUUUUUAGCAAAUAAAAUGCUGUGCCUCAAUGCUAUGCUACAUGCUGCAUAUCUAAAACAUUUACUCUGCAAAAUGCAGUCAAGAUAUUAUAACUGAAAUAGGGCUGUAUAGAAUUGCCUUUUUAAACUAUUUUGUAUAUUUUUUUAACUAUUUCUACAUCCAAGUAAUAUAUUUAUUAAAGCACUUAAAACUUUGUGUAUUCAGUGCAUCAUUUAAUACUAUUACGUGCAAUAAAAAACAUUCUGCAUGGAUUUCCGUCCUCCCCCUCAGUUCUUAUUGGGAUUUCCAAUAUAUAUUGUCAAAGACAGUAUACAGUAUUGUCUUUAUUAACAUAAUUACAAACAAAUGUCACUUACAGAAGACAUACCUCAGUUUCAGAGCAGAAGGUUAUAUAGGUUACCACUGAGACAUGAGAAAUGAAAAAUGGCCUCCAAAAAAAAACAAAACUUUACAACAAAACAACUACAUACAUACUUUUAUAAUCUCACUGGAACUCAAAAUGUAUAGAAAAAUUUUGAAGCAUUUCCUUUUGCCUUUUGAGCCCCUUCAAAUGUCUAUCACUGGAAUAUGGAACAUGCAUUCCUUAGGGGACAGGAAUUUUCCUUUCAUAGGUCAAUUAAACUUGAUUGUUUUUAGGGAUGAGAUGAACCAACUUGUUCAGUGUAAGGUCCUGCUGAACAAGUUCGCACGCUAACCCAAACCCACCCAAUUCACUGUGGAAAAGGUUGUGUGUACACUAAAGGAAUGUUGAGGAAGGGGUUCAAAAGCUUAAGGUUAAUGCGCUUUAGCAUUAAAUUUAGUUACUUUUUUAAAUUUCAUACUGUAUUUUACAGACCAAGCAAGUAUUUAUAGGAAAAAACAACAUUAAAUCAGAAACUAAUCAUAAGGCAACAGAAGUUAAAAUAUAUGCUGAAUUUAGGCUGACUUAAGGGCAUGGAGUAUUUGCCAGUGCCAAGCUGUAUUUCUCUGACAGAGUUAGUCACAAUUGGUCUGUUUCUUACUCUGCUAAUAUUGAGGUGACAAACAUUGGGAAUGUUAACAUUUCAAGGACGAAACAGGGUGACCAUUUAAAGUAAGCUGAAAUUCUCAGGUGAUGAACUUCAGACUAAUAUGAAGAUAAAAGGAGUUCAAAGCCAUUGAAAAACUAAU